AUGCUAUGUCGUCUCAAACUCGCAGGCGCCACUAGGCCGGUCCUUCACGGAAUCGGUCGUCGGCAGGUUGAUGUACCCGCGCGCGCUCGGUCGUGCUUACACUGGACUUUCGUUCAAGCGCUUUCUGGCUCGUUCUUCCUCCCCUCCGCUGCUCGUCAAUACAGAAUCGAUCCGCGCACGCUCGUCCCUCUGGACGCAGAUAUUACGCUAUCCGAUAUUAUCGAAGUCCCCCGUCGACCUGAUCAUACGCACCGCACAACCAUGGUCAUCAUUGGUCCGCUUGGCCCGCACAUGGACGAUGCUCGCCUCGAAGCUGCGUGGUCUGCCCUCGGUACAAUCGUUGAUGCGCAGGUUAACGAGGACGUCACCGGUGGCGAGCUAUUGCGCUACGGUAUAGUCAAAUAUCGGUCCGCAAAAUCAGUGGAUGCCGCGCUAUUACUCGAUGGGCGGUUUUUGGGAGGUCGCCGCGUGUAUGUGCGCGCUCUGUUUAGACACUUGGAUACGGUCUUUGUGACCGGUCUUGACUGGGAUACAGAGGAAGCCGAACUCAGGUCUGCAUUCGAACCAUGUGGCGAGAUAAUCGGCAUACGCUUGCGGACAGUUCGGUCUCGUGAUCGAACGGCCCGCAUCAAUGCUAUCAUCAAAUUCGCGUACCCUUUGGCAGCGGAAUUGGCGCUCAGGCGUUCCGGGAUGCUUUUGGACGGCAAACCAAUCAAAGUCGUGUUAUAUCUUCCGCGAUCAAGGACCAUGCUUUAUCAUGCUAUACGAGGCGGGGAACCGCCUUCCGACAGCAUUCGUGUCAGCAAUCUUCCGCCGCAGGCUAACGAUGACUGGCUGAGAUCAACAUUCGAACCCUGUGGAGAAGUCACUGGCACAAUCGUCCAGAAACUCUCACCUGCGGCCGGUUCAUUGGGCUUUGCCUAUGUCACCUUCAAGUCCCCCGACGCGGUUGACCGGGCGGUGCAACUGGAUGGUGAAGUCGCACUGGACGGACACAUCAUCAACAUAGAGAGAGCUUCUCCAUACGUCCCUUUUUCACGCAACGCAGUCGUCGACAAUACAUCACGCGCUUCGAACGUGAUCUCGGUCCAUGGUCUCCCUGAAGACGUGGACGAUGUCCAACUCCGGUCGGCAUGCGAGCGUUUUGGCGAGGUCGUCGAAUGUAGCAUACACGCCGCUCGCGCAACGCACGGGUUGCACGGCUAUGGAUUCGUUACCUUCGCCUCGCCUCAUUCUGCUACGGAAGCUCUGAACCAUGGUCGUAUGACCGUUGACGGGCUCUCUGUCAGGAUCCGCACAGCUUUUCCGCGUUUGCCAUGGCAGCGAGAGGCUCGGGUUCUUCAACAUCGACCCGAUCCAUCAACAACAUAUCUCGCCCAGAUACAAUAUAUCAUCCGUCGCAUUUAG